ACUACUGCUUAAAACUAACAGGUAUAGAAUAGAUUCAUUGGAGAAGAACAGUAACAGUUCAGGGAUGACUUCGAUAAAACCAUUUCAAAUUGAAGACUUAUUUGAAUUUAAUGCUGUUAAUUUAGAUCCUUUAACUGAGAAUUUCAAUGUUUCAUUUUAUUUACAAUACUUAAUUGAUUGGCCAUCAUUAUUCUUUAAAUCAACUGAAAUAUAUCAUGAUAAUCAAUUUUUCCAUCAACAGAAUGAAAUUAGUGGAUAUAUGAUGGGUAAAACCGAAGGGAAAUUAACUAAAAAGGAAUGGCAUACUCAUAUUACUGCAGUUACGGUUCAAGAUCAAUAUCGUAGAAUUGGAUUAGCAUCAUAUUUAUGUUUACAAUUGGAGCAAUUAACCAGUAUAGAACCUUAUAAUACGUUAUUUGUGGAUUUAUUUGUUAAAGUUACCAAUUCGUUAGCUCGACAAUUAUAUGAAAAGUUAGGUUAUUCGGUAUAUCGACGAGUAGUAGGAUAUUAUGGACGAGAAAUGCCCCAAGAUCGAAAUAAAAUUGAUGAUGAAAUUGAUGCUUUUGAUAUGAGAAAACUGUUACCAAGAGAUAUUAAUAAUGAAACAGUUCGAGAAAAUGGUGAUAAAGUGUAUGUAUUACCAAUGGAAGUAGUAUUCUAACUGACUUGUAUAUACUGAACUAUAAUAGACUCUACACAAACAGACAGACAAUUUCUACAAUUAUUUAAUGUAUAAUGACUAUUAAUUAUGAUAUCUAAUAUCCAUUGUAAGACAUUUACCUAACUUAACUUAACUUAAGUUUACUUUACAAUACUUAUGACUUAUAACUUUAAGUGGUAAACCUUAUCCCCAUUAAGGUUUAA